AUGUCCCGGCUGGCGAAGGCUCACAAUGCCGUCAACCUCGGGCAGGGUUUUCCCGAUGUGGACGGACCUGACGACAUUCGUGAAGUAGCCGCGAGGACCUUGAUGGACGGCCCGAACCAGUAUCCGCCGAUGCUGGGCCUACCCGACCUGCGCGAGGCGGUUGCCGAGAGCAACAGGCGAUUCUACGGACUUGAGAUCGACGCACAGAGCGAGGUUCUGGUGACGUCCGGAGCUACCGAGGCGCUUGCGGACUGCAUCAUGGCGCUCGUGUCACCGGGAGAUGAAGUGGUUCUGGUCGAGCCGCUCUAUGACUGUUAUCUGCCUCUGGUGAGGCGGGCAGGUGGAAUUCCCGUGCGUGUUCGGGUCAGCCCGCCGGAAUGGCAGCUCGAUACGCAAAAGCUUCGUGCCGCCUUCUCUGAAAGAACCAAGGCAAUCCUGAUCAACAAUCCCAUGAACCCGACGGCAAAGGUAUUUUCCGCUGCGGAAUUGCAGUGCAUUGCCGACUUGUGCCGCGAAUUUGACGCUUAUGCGAUCUGUGACGAAGUUUACGAACACCUUGUUUUCGACGGGGCGGCACACCGGCCCCUGAUGGCAUUGGACGGAAUGCGGGAGAGGACGGUCCGUAUCGGUUCAGCAGGCAAAACCUUUUCGCUGACGGGCUGGAAGGUCGGCUAUGUCACGGGUCCUGCCCGGUUGAUCGAUCCGGUUGCCAAGGCGCACCAGUGGGUCACAUUCACCACACCGCCAAACCUGCAACAGGCAGUUGCUUAUGGUUUGAGGAAAGACGACAGCUACUAUCAGGACCUGGCCCGGUACCUGGAGGCGAAGCGCGACCGGAUGGCGAGGGGGCUCCAGGCACUUGGAUUUUCUGUUCUUCCUUGCUCCGCGACUUACUUUCUGACCUGCGGUUUCGAAGAACUUGGUCUGGGUGAUAAUGAUGUCGAUGUCUGCGAGGUCCUCGUGAAGCAGGCCGGCGUUGCAGCUGUCCCGGUCUCCGCCUUUUAUGGUGCGGAUGCGCCAACCGGUUACAUCCGGUUCUGCUUCUGCAAAAAAGACUGGGUGAUCGACGAAGCCCUGGCGCGGCUCUCUGCUUUUUUAACUGCGGCAGGCGGCGAAUCCGCAUAG